CUUGGAGAGGAGCUGCAGAAGCUGAGAGAGAGAGAGAGAGAGAGAGAGAGAGAGAGAGAGAGAGAGAGAGAGAGAGAGAGAGAGAGAAGGGGAGCAAGUGGAGGAGGAAAGGGAUGGAGAGCCUAGUAUAACGGUCUAGGCAGCCGUUCGGGAUCGGGCCGGAGGGGCUGCCUGGAUGCAGAGCGGAGAACGGAGGAGGGUGGACUCCAGGGUGCCCCGUGCCCCCCUCCCCUAAGCGAGCAAGUCCGAGGGGCAGAGACACCGGGAGCGCGGGGCAGGGUGGGCGUCCCAGGGCAGCCCCGGAGGAAAAAGCCGCCCCGCCGGCCGGCCCAGGGGCUGGAAGCCACGGCGGCGGCCGCCGGCCGGUCGCCUGCUGCCUGGUUGGCGUUUGGAGCGAGCGCGGAAGGAGGAGCAGGAGAAGGAGGGCGCUGGAGGCUGGGCGCGCCUGCCAGCGGCGGCGGCGGCGGCGGCAACGUGGAGUAACCGGGCGGGUCGGCGCGCUCCGGCCGGGGUGGGGGCCCCCGCGCGCGGCUCGGGGAGCAGGGUCCUCGCCGCUUCGGCAGCCGCUGCGGCCGCCGCGGGAUCCGAGCGCGUCCCGAGCUCCCGGCGCGGCGCGCCCGGCUCCGGGCUCCGGGCUCCGGGCUCGGCCCCCCGCGCGCGCACACGCGCACACACAGACACUCACACGCACACACACUCACACGCACACGCACACACGUGUGCGCUCCUCCGCUCCGAGCUGCCUGCUCCCGCUCCCGGCGCCGCGGCGGACCCCGGGGCCGAGCCGCCUCCUGCGUUAAACGUAUAAACCCGCUGCGCUCCCGGCGCCCCGCCCGCCCGCAGCUGCCAGCGGGGGCCUUUUCAUCUCUUCCCUCUUGGCCGCGGGAGCCGAGUUCAGAUCCGCCACUCGGCGCCCGAAACUGACACACUGAACUCCGUGUCCUCCUCCUGCACCCACUGCCGCCUCCUAGCCACUCGCCUCUCUUCCCCCCCAGCUCGUCGCUGCAAGGAAACUUUUUCUAACUCCCCCCCCCACCACGUGAGGGUUCCCUUUGCCCAUCGCAUAGGACCGUUUCCACUUAGGGAACGACUGGCUUUUUCUUCUGAAAAGAAUUCUCCAGCAAGAUACUUUUUUUUUUAUUAUUUCCUCUCUCUCUCACUCACUAUUGGACAGUGACUCGAUUGUCUGCAAAAGUUUCGCAUUAAAAAAAAAAACUACCUGACCGGUAUUUUCAGAUUUCUUUUCAAUUUCUUUUUCCUCUAUUUUUAUUUUAUUUUUAUUUUGGGUACCAUUUUUUUAAAAAAAAAUUUUUUAAGAAAAAAAAAAGAAACUUUUUCCACCUUUUUUUUUUUUAAAAAAAUGCACUACUGCGUGCUGCGCGCGUUCCUGCUGCUGCACUGGGUGCCGGCCGCGCUCAGCCUGUCGACGUGCAGCACCCUCGACAUGGACCAGUUCAUGCGCAAGAGGAUCGAGGCGAUCCGCGGGCAGAUCCUCAGCAAGCUGAAGCUCACCAGCCCCCCGGAAGACUACCCCGAGCCCGAGGACGUGCCCCCGGAGGUCAUUUCCAUCUACAACAGCACCCGGGACUUGCUGCAGGAGAAGGCCAGCCGCCGGGCGGCCGCCUGCGAGCGCGAGCGCAGCGACGAGGAGUACUACGCCAAGGAGGUCUACAAGAUCGACAUGCCGCCCUUCUUCCCCUCGGAAACUGUCUGCCCAGUUGUUACCACACCCUCUGGCUCAGUGGGCAGCUUCUGCUCCAGGCAGUCCCAGGUGCUCUGUGGGUACCUUGAUGCCAUCCCGCCCACUUUCUACAGACCCUACUUCAGAAUCGUCCGCUUUGACGUCUCGGCGAUGGAAAAGAACGCUUCCAAUCUGGUGAAGGCGGAGUUCAGAGUCUUCCGUCUACAGAACCCCAAAGCCAGGGUGCCCGAACAGCGGAUCGAACUGUACCAGAUUCUCAAAUCCAAGGAUCUGACGUCUCCAACCCAGCGCUACAUCGACAGCAAAGUGGUGAAAACAAGGGCAGAAGGGGAAUGGCUUUCCUUCGACGUGACCGAUGCUGUUCACGAAUGGCUCCACCAUAAAGACAGGAACCUGGGAUUUAAAAUAAGCUUACACUGUCCCUGCUGCACCUUUGUACCGUCCAAUAAUUACAUCAUCCCCAAUAAAAGCGAGGAACUAGAAGCGAGAUUUGCAGGUAUUGAUGGCACCUCCACAUAUACCAGUGGUGAUCAGAAAACUAUAAAGUCCACUAGGAAAAAAAACAGUGGGAAGACCCCACAUCUCCUGCUAAUGUUGUUACCCUCCUACAGACUGGAGUCACAACAGUCCAACCGGCGGAAGAAGCGCGCUCUAGAUGCAGCCUACUGCUUUAGAAAUGUGCAGGAUAAUUGCUGCCUACGUCCACUUUACAUUGAUUUCAAGAGGGAUCUUGGGUGGAAAUGGAUCCAUGAACCCAAAGGGUACAAUGCCAACUUCUGUGCUGGGGCAUGCCCGUAUUUAUGGAGUUCAGACACUCAGCACAGUAGGGUUCUCAGCUUAUAUAACACCAUCAACCCGGAGGCAUCGGCUUCUCCCUGCUGCGUGUCGCAGGACUUGGAACCGCUCACCAUCCUCUAUUACAUCGGCAAGACCCCCAAGAUCGAACAGCUGUCCAACAUGAUAGUAAAGUCUUGCAAAUGCAGCUAAGAUCCUUGGGAAAGCGGCAAGACGGUAACCACACGAUGAUGAUGAUGAUGAUGAUGAUGAUGAUGAUGAUUUGACCACAACAUAACAAGUUUGUAACGAGAAACCCAAGAGAGCCUUGCUUCGUCAGUGUUAAAAAAAUCCUUUGGAAACGCGGUACUAGUUCAGACACGUCGGAAGUGUGCGUUCUGUUUGUUAAAACUGGCAUCCGAAACAAAACAAAGCAAAACAACAAAACAAAACAAAACAAAAAAAACGCGUGGAAGGCUUGAUUCUACAUGGCACCUACUCUGUAAGCGAGAGAGACAAGAAGCAAAACCUUUUUUUUUUUUUUUAAGGAAAAAUAAAUAAACACUGGAAGAAUUUGUUAGUGUUAAUUAUGUGAAAGAAAACAAAACACACACAAAAAAAACAGGAAAAUCCCGUUAAGUGGAAUUGUACAUACGUUCCUACCCCAGGCCUCACUUGAUUUGUCUGUAUUGCUAUGCAAUAGUCUCCCUUCCCUGUUCCUACUCUUAGAGUUAACGGUGAAUUAUUUAUUGUGUGUUACUACAUAAUGGACAUUUCAUUGCCCUUGGAAAAGAAAACAGGUGUAUCAAGUAGAGACCAAAACCCUUUGCCAGAAACUCAUGGAUGGUUUAAGGAACUUGAACUCCAACGAGCCAGAACAAGAAAGAAAAGGAGAAAAAAAAAAAAAGUCAUAGGAGCAGGAUGAAAACCCAGGUGAGUUCUUCUGUGACCACAACAAGUCUGUGUUGAGGUAAAGACCCUGAAAACACAUGCUAUGUCCCAAGUGCCCAAGGAAGGAUCUUGUAGGUUCAAAGCCAAAAGCCUGUUAAUAAAGGAAACUUUCCGUCA